AACGCCUCCUUUAGGGUUCUUCCUCAAAUGCAGCAAAAACCUUACAUCCGAUAGAAAAGAAGAGCUUCGAUCGGUUAAAAAGAUGAGUUUGAUCCUCAGAUUCAGACAACACUUAUCAACAAGGUUAUCUCAAACCUCCAGAUCACCACUCGCUUCUCUUCUCAACGGUCGCCGGAGCUUCGGACAACCGGCGAGAAAACAAGAUGAAGAGGAGGAAGAAGAGGAAAUAGAUCAAAGGAAGCUCCCGACCGACUACGACCCCGCGACAUUCGAUCCGACAGAACACCGAAGUCCACCGACAGACCGCGUGUUCCGCCUCGUCGACGAGAUCUCGUCUCUAACCUUAUCGGAAAUCUCAGAGCUCGGCGCGAUAAUACUGAAGAAGAGAGGCAUCACGGAGACACCAACUGUCGCCGUUAUGAAGCCCGGAGCUGUAGGUGCCGCCGGGAUCGCUCAGGGUGGUGGUGGCGGUGGCGGUGGUGGUGCGAGUGAAGAGGCGAAAGUGGAGAAGACAGUGUUUGAGAUAAAGCUUGAGGGUUUUGAAGCGUCAGGGAAGAUAAAGAUUAUAAAGGAGGUGAGGAGCUUUACUGAUCUGGGACUUAAGGAAGCGAAGGAGUUGGUGGAGAAGACUCCUUCGGUUUUGAAAGCUGGUGUUUCUAAAGAUGAAGGUGAGAAGAUUGUUGAGAAGCUUAAGGCUCUUGGUGCUAAAGUUGUUCUUGAGUGAGUUUCUUGAUCUUCGAUUUUAUUUUUCUUUUGGUUCCAUUUUAAUAGGAGCUAAUAAUGUAAUAGAUUUACACUUAAGCAGCUUUGUCUCAUUGCUAUAAUUGGUGGAAGUACAUCAAUGUUUGGGAACUGUUGUGUUGUAGUUUUAGUGUUGUUUUUUUUAUGGCUUUGGUCUUGACUCAGUUUCAAGCAUAUUGGUUUUGUCUC